AUGAGAGGGAGCUGCUGGGAGCAGCGGAAAAAGCCACAGGUGACCCAGGACUCAGGACCCAGGAGCACGAGGCUUGCAGGACAAGAGACGGCCGGCCAGCUCCAGGUGACUUAGCCGCUCGCACACGGUGGCAGUGGGCCGAGCUGGGAGUUUGAAGGCCAUUGGCCAGAGAUCCCAGAGAGGUCCCCAUGCGUGGCCGGCGUCACCCCCGUCAUCUACUUCAGCAUCCUGCUGGGCCUGGGGCUGCCUGUCGACCUCCCGACCACGGGGGCCCUGGCCCGCCUCGCCGCCAGGACCAGGAAGCCCUCCUACUACUACCUCCCAGCGCCCAUGGCCUCAGAUAUCACCACCCAGGUAGUCAUCGUGUUCGCGGGCUUCCUCCUGCGGGGAGCCGUGCUGGCCCGAAAGGGGCCCCAGGCAGUGGUGCGCGCGGCUAACAUCCUGGGAUUUGCUGCCGACCACGCCUCGGUCCGGAUCGCCGUCCUGCUCACGGUUGACCGGUACAGAGCCCUGUGCCACCCCCUGCACCAUCGGGCCACUGCAUCCCCAGGCCGGACCCGUCGGGCUAUCGCUGCUGUCCUUGGUGCUGCCCAGCUCACUGGCAUCCCCUUCUACGGGUGGAUGGACGUGCGGAGGGACGAGGACCCCCCCAGCACACCGGACGAGGUGCUCGAGUGGGCUCACUGCCUCCUCGUCUAUUUCAUCCCUUGUGGCGUUUUCCUGGUCGCCAACUCGGCCAUUGUCCGCCAGCUACAGAGAAGGGGCCAGAGUGGGCCUCGGCCCCGUGGCAAGAGCACCGCCAUCCUCCUGGGUGUCAGCACGCUCUUCGCCCCCCUCUGGGCACCCCGGGUCUUUGUCAUGCUCUACCACCUGUGCGUGGCCCCCGUCUACCGGGACUGAAGGGUCCACCCGGCCUUGGAUGUGGCCAGCAUGGCGGCCGUGCUCAACAGAGCAGUCAACUUUGGGCUCUACUCCUUUGUGAGCAAGACUUUCCGGGCCACUGUCCAAGAGGUCAUCCAUGACGCCCACCUGCCCCGCACCCUGGGGUCACAGCGCGGGCUGGUGGCGGAACCUGUGCUGAAGCCUGCAGGACUCCCCAGAGGGGCAGAACCGUAG